UCCCACCGAGGCAUGCCAGUUGCUUCUGCCGGGUCCCGCCGCAAGCGAUAGCAGCAGCUGAAGCAGCGCAGUGCGCGGAGCGCGUGCAACCCGUCCGUCCUCUUUGCCGUGUUUUCGAGGUCCGAUCGCCUCGCCAAAGGUCAGCAGCUCGCCGCCACCAAGUGUUAUUUGUAUCGGCGCACCGAUUGGCACCAACUAGGACCAUCAUGAGAGGCGUGGCACUGUCUGCCGUGUGCCUUCUGUGCGCCCUGGUCCACAUCGAAGCCGGCGGCGGCGGCGGUUACGGGGGAGGCGCCGUCAUCGCGAAGACCACGCCCGUCCUCAUCGCUGCGUCCAAGCCUGUUCUCCCAAGCAUGGGAAACGCUGCCCACUACCUCGGCUACGCGGGCAGCGUCUUCGAGCAACUGCUGAGCUUCAGCGGACACUAUGGCCUCCCCAGAGGUGGCGGUGGAGGGGGCAAAGGUCUAUUGGGUGCUGUCACUCUGCCAGUGUUCAGUGGCAAUGUGGUGCUCGGCCAUGGCCUGGGUGGCGGUGGCGGCGGUGGCGGUGCCUUCCUUCUGGGCCACGGCGGCGGCUACGGCGGUGGCUCCCUCAAGACCUACAAGUUGGCUCACAGCUCGUACGGAAUUCCCGUCGGCUUGCCCGUCAGCUUGGCCCACGGAUGGCACUGACACUACGGGAGCUGGCCCUCCCGACCAUUCCUCAGCGUGAGUGUGUAACGAACGGCACAUCAACCAUCUCGAAUCCUGGAGAGGACACCUGUACAUAAUGUUUCACAUUACAGCUCAUUACGUUUUCCUUUUGUUCAAUAAAACGCGUUUGAUUUUUGCUGUUUUAAA